GGUCGUGACUCAACGUCGUCAGAGCCGCGUUUGACAGUCCUGCCUGCGUAGGUGCGGACGACGGAAGCGUGAGCGCGCGAGGUAGAGCUGGUCGAGGCGGUCGAGCCGAGAGUGCCCUGACUUGAGGAGCCCGCGGCCACGCUCGUACGGCAAUCCGCGACGGAGACGACGGAGUCCGAGCGACGAACGACGGCGGGAUCGUCGAGAUGGCCGGCAGACAGUCGUACAGCAUCGUGGAGUACUACGCGGAACACGAGGGCUACCGAUGCGGCUACUGCAAGAACCCGAACACGAACUUCAGUCACGGUAUGUGGGCGCACUCGUUGACGGUGCAGGAUUACCAAAGCCUGAUAGACAGGGGAUGGAGGCGGAGCGGCUGCUACUGUUACAAACCCACCAUGAAUCUGACCUGCUGCCCGCAGUAUACCAUUAAGUGCGAGGCACUGGAUUUUAGAAUAUCAAAGUCUCAAAAGAAGAUCCUGAAGCGUAUGACAAAGUUUUUGAGGAACGAACUGGCGAACGACAGCUCUGCAAGUACGGGCGAGGAUCAGCAGGAUAAUAUAGACAUAAGCAACGAAGAAGCGCUGAAUUAUCCCAAGCAUCUGAUGAAAGCACAGAAAGACAAGUCUCAGAUGAAUGUUUCGUCUGUCGACGACGAAGUCGGUGGACGAUUGUCGGUGAAUCCAGUAAAACCGGAGAAAUCGCAGAAAAAUUGUACGUCUGUAUCGAGUGGCGGUCCAGCGCAGCUAUCAAAUUCCAGCAACAAGAACGCCCUGCACGUUAGAAGUGAAGUCGCCGACACGGUGCCUUGCAAAAAGGCGAAGCUCUUACGCAUAGAACGCAAGAAGAACAAAUUGUUGGCUCAAGGCAAAUCGCAGAGCGAAAUCGAGAGCAUUAUGAAGGAAAAGAAGCAACAGAAUUGCGCUAAACCUAUGGAGGAAUUAUUCGAGGAGGUGUAUACCGGAUUGAAGAGGUUGGAGUUGAGACUGGUUCGAACUGCGCCGAUGAGCUCCGAAUAUGUAAAGACUUCGAAAGAGUCUUACGAGCUUUACAAAAAGUAUCAGAACACAAUACACGGACAACCGACUGAGAAGCUCACAGAGCAACAGUACACGAGGUUUCUUGUCAAGUCGCCUCUGAAGAUGAAAUUGGUGAGAGUGAUGACGGACGAGUUCGUGAGCACUCUCGAUGCGAGCGCGAGUCUUUAUAAAAAGUAUCAAAUGGCGAUUCACGGCGAUACACCGGAUCAGUGCGAUCAAAAGUCAUUCUUCAACUUCCUUGUAAGGAGUCCCUUGCAGCAAUGGACACCCGACAGUGGACCACCUCAAGGAUACGGCUCUUUUCACGAGCAAUAUUGGUUGGAUAACGAAUUGAUAGCGGUGGGAGUGAUAGACAUUCUGCCGUCGUGCAUCUCGAGCGUGUACUUUUUCUACGACCCGGCAUAUAAUCAACUGUCUCUUGGAACUUUUAGUUCCCUUCGAGAGGUUUAUCUAACGAGGCAGCUCAACAAGGUCGCGAGCAAUCUGAAAUAUUAUUACAUGGGCUUUUACAUUCACACAUGCCCGAAGAUGCGAUACAAAGCGAGAAUGCGGCCGUCGAAGCUUCUAUGCCCGGAGACGUAUGUAUGGUGUGAUAUCGAGCCUUGCCUAACUAAACUGAACAACGAAAAGUAUAGCCGUCUGAACGACGAGAUUAAUGCCAUCGAUGAAAAUGGCGUAGUCAACGUUGAAGAGGUAUUGGUAUUAUAUAAAAAUAUUGCGAUGCCAUAUAAGAAAUACAGAAUGCAGUCGAAGACGUACCCUUUCUCCUCCUUGGGUGAAGAGAAACGCGAGGUGGAGGAAUAUGUCAGGCUCGUUGGGAUGCCAUGCGCGCGAGCAAUGCUGCUCUAUCGCUAUUCUAGAGGGUGAUUUGACGCGUGAAACCGAUGAACGCUCUACGUCCCAAGGACCGUCCACGUGGAAGGACACUUUAGUGGCUACUUCAGAAAUUAUUUAUCGGCUGAUAUUUGUGUACAAAAAGAAAAUAACGAUGAAACUUCAUAUUCUUAGAAUAUUAUUAAUUGUAUGUUGUUGAGCAACAGUCUGUGAUGCAAGCGAUUGAAUAAUCAAAUAUUGUAAAAUGCGCGUAAUAAAUUAUAUGCAUUACUCUUCAUCGUCUAUGAAUGACUGUUGAGGAACGUUUCAAGAAUAUUAA